UUGACGACGGGGGAUAACGGCUGCAAUUUACAAUAUAUUUUUUUUUGCAUAAAGUAAAACAUAUGCUUCCUAAUGGACAAGAAAAUUUAAAAGCCAUGGAUCCAAAGAAUACACAAAAAAAUCAGAAAAAUAAGUUUUUGAAGCUAUCUCUAAAGAAAAACAGACUUGAAAAUGAUAUUAAACUUAAGAAAUUGAACCGAAGUCCCGAUGUUAUUAUUCUUGACGAGUCGUUCGACAGAUUUAGACCGGAAUUUUCUAAAAAUGUGCAAUCAUCUCCAAAGAUUUACUCUCCGAUAGUGAUUAAUGAUUCAUGUGAUUUGUCUAAUGAAAGUUUACCUAAUGUGGUACUAUGUGAUAAGGAACCAAGCAAAAAUGGCAACAUAUCAUUCAACAGUUCAAUAGGAGAAAUAUCCAUAAUCGAAACGAAAGACUCCCGGCCGAGUAUGGGAGGAUGGUCGCCGGCGCAAAACAUAAUCCGGGCCACGCCCAAAUACGAUACCAUCCCGUCCACACCGAAAGACGUAGCUAACGAAUCAUCAGAGCAAUGUUCAAUAAAGAAAAUACAGCAGUCACAAAAGAAAUUGCUCGACGACCUUUACGGGGAAACGUGGAAAUCGAUUCCGACACUUUUCAAAACUAUAAAACAAAACUAUACCAAUUUCAAUGGUGUUACGAAGAAAUUGCAGUUUGAUGAUGAUGAUGAGAGUGACAAAGAGAAUAUUAGACUGGAUUUGAAGAAGAAUCGAGAGCUCUAUUUGACAGGGUCCGAUGCGAAACGCAAAGGGAUGAUGACUUUUGACUCGGAGAAAAAGUGUAAAAAGAAACUGUAUACGGAAAAGGUGCCUAGCACUCCUGUGCCGAGUGUGAAGCCUGUUAAAACUCGUAAUGCUAAUAGCACUACUAAGAAGGUUAAGGGUAUGUCUGUCACGGAGUUGGUGGCGUCAAUGAGAACUGAUGUAGACGAUCUGGUGAAGAAAGUGGAGAAAGUAACCGUUGACGUGCCCAAGAAGAUUAAUAAUGUGUGUGUGACCCCCGAUAAUGUGGUGAAAAGGCUGACUUUUGUGGGCUCUUUAGCUGACAACGUCCCAACAUGGCGGUGUCACCCCGAAGCGUUCCAAUACCGGGACAAUUACAAGAGCACCCGGGAACAGCUGACGAGGAGAUUGUACAAGGAGUUCAAUGAGGUGGUGUUCGAUAACGCUCUGGAGGAAGACAUGCCUCUCCUGUGGGAUGCCAAGUUGAGAAGUACUGCUGGGACCACCACCAAUCGCCUUCUGAAGAACUCCAAAGGCGAGCGAAGACGGACGUCCAGCAUAAAAUUGUCCACGAAAGUGGUGGACGGUCCGCAGAGGCUCCGGGACACGCUGAUCCAUGAGCUCUGUCACGCGGCCACGUGGCUGAUUGAUGGGGAACUCAGGGCUGGACACGGGCCCCUGUGGAAGAAGUGGGCGACACACGCUUUACGCAAAUACCCGGAACUUGGCGAGAUAUCAAGGUGUCACGAUAUGCAAAUACAUUUCAAAUACUCUUACAAGUGCACCAAAUGUGGAUACAGUAUACACCGUCACUCUAAAUCCAUAGACGUGACGAAGAAAUGCUGCGGCUACUGCCGUGGGACUUUCGAGCUGAUCAUAAACAAGAAGAAUAAGGAGGGGGUGGUUGUGUCCACCCCGGCCAGAAAAGGUGGCCCGAACGAGUUCGCCAAAUACGUUAAGGAAAAUUACGCCCAAGCGAAACAGGGCAGGUCACACGCUGACGUCAUGAAGGUACUCGGGGAACAAUUUUCUGCCAAAAAGAAAUUAGCUACUACGCCAAUCAAUUUAGAUAAUUUAUGAAAACUAAUAAUUUUGUAUAAGAAAAAUACAUCGUGUUGUAAUUUUUUAUUUGACUUUUUAAAGGUGACGCAAAACGUGUAAUGCGCAAAAUGUACAAAUCUUUUUGUGUACUCUAUGUGCGUGUGAUGUUUUGAAGAUGUAGUUUUAAUUAUUCUUAACGAAUAUUAUAACUUUGAAACGAGAUGAAACGUGAGAAUUGUUAUUUUUAUGCUUAUUUUCUCAUCAAAUGCAAUUUUGUAUAAUAAACGUAAUAUAUAAAAUUAAUUAGAGUAAAAAUCAAUAUCUGUCAAAAUAUUUGUAACAAUUUUAAAAACCAACUAACGAGUAAUGGGUAAGUAUGGACUAUUUUUUUUUGAAUAAUUUUAAUUAUUAUUUUGGAAGGUAAGUAUUUUUCAUAUUGAUUUGAGGAUAUUAUUAUUAUCUUUACAAAGACUGAUAGAUAGAUAUUUAAGACCAUUGUACAGGUUACAAUGAAUUUUUGCGUAAUUUUUUUUUAGGUACAAGUAUUUAUAAAAUAUAUUCAUUGCAAAUGCUAGCUGUGUGUCUAAUUUUUAUAUAACUAAUAAUGUAAAAUAUACGAAAUAUCAUUUUGUAUAAAUAUGUACAUCGAUUU